CUCCGCCUACGUCAUGCUCCUCAUCAAAAGAAAGGUGGGAGCUCCAGGCCAAGCUAUUGAGAGCUCAAGAACAGCAAAAACAGCAUCUUCACGAGCGAUUGAACUGCAAAAUCAUCUUUGCAAUCCCAUCCCAACUACCACUGUUUGUCGGGUUUUUCGAAGUACGAGUCAAGCUCUUUUUAGCAAGCCGAUCGUCUCGACGUGCAUGCGAGGACGGGAUCUAGAGCUGUGUCAACUAACGGUACCUGAGCACAAGCUGCACGGCUUUAAAAGCAGCAGCUUCUCCCUACGAGUAAAGCCACUUUGAUCGUGCACUGGAACUUCACACUCCUCUCUCACCAUGUUCAAGUUACAGAUCGCUCGCCAGGUCGCCCGUGUGGCUCGAGUGCAACCACGAGCUGCAUUCCGCCCAGCAAGGUCUACUGUCCGGCCAUUCACAAGCUCUGUGAGCCGUUUCGACAAAAACCCCGAGGAGGAUCACGAUGCUGGGUCUUCAUCUGCGGCAGCCGGAGAGAGCGGAGAGCACGAGGGUCAGUUCGCCCGUACCAGGGACGACAUUGUCGUGGAGUACCCCGAGGAGAAAGAUCUCCCCCCUUCGCAGCCAGUACAGGGUCGUGGAGGCUUCCAUUUCAAGCGCACGCUCGCAACCUUCUCUAUGGAAGGCAAGACCGCGAUCGUCACUGGUGGCGCUCGAGGGCUAGGCUUGGUCAUGGCCCAGGCACUGGUCACCUCCGGCGCCGAUGUUGCCAUCGUCGACAUGAACAAGGAGGAGGCUCAGAGAUCAGCCGAGGGACUAAUUGACCUGUUCAAGCAGGAAAAUGAUUCGGGCUACACCAAGCUGCCCAAGGUCACUGCGCACUACUGCGAUGUGUCCAGCCCCGACUCGGUGAACGAGUCGUUCGCUGAAAUUGUGAAAGCUCACGGCAAGGUCGACAACCUCGUCACCUCGGCUGGCUUCACCGAGAACUACGAUGCGAUUUCGUACCCGCACGACCGCAUCCAGAAGCUUUGGGGCGUCAAUGUUGACGGCACCUACCUGUAUGCAGUGGCAGUCGCCAAGCACCUCAUGGAGCGCAAGGCGCCUGGCAGCGUGGUUAUGAUUGGCAGCAUGUCUGGCUCCAUCGUCAACGUGCCGCAGCCGCAGGCUCCGUACAACGCCGCAAAGGCCGCUGUCAGGCACCUGGCUGCCAGUCUAGCUGUCGAGUGGUCGCAGCACGGCAUCCGUGUCAACUGCAUCUCGCCCGGGUACAUGCUCACCGCGCUCACCAAGAAGAUCCUCGACGACAACCCGGAGCUGCAGAAGCAGUGGACCUCGCUCAUUCCUAUGGGCAAGAUGGGACGUCCCGAGGACCUCAUGGGCGCUGUGACGUUCCUAUCCAGCGAUGCUAGUCUGUAUGUGAACGGCGCAGACCUGCGUGUCGAUGGAGCAUACACUUGCACUUACAACAUCGCGGCCCCCGCCUCGACCGACCGCCGCCCGUCUAAGGCGACGCUCUUCCGCUUCCAGUUUCGCCUGCCCGACUCGCAGAAUCCGCUCCAGGAGAUCACCGCCGAGCUCACGCUGCAGCCCCACCACUCGACGAGGGGCACCGGCGACGCCGCGACAGAGGGCGAGCGGGGACAGGGCAACCACUAUGUGGGCAAACUGCACCUAAGCGAGCAGUACCUGUGCUUCUCUACGCAGGGGUCCAGCUUCCUCAACACGGCCAGUUCGAGCUCCUCCAGCAGCUUCACGGGGCAGACACACGGGGCGGGCCCUGCCGGCAAUGGCUUCACACUGCCCCUGUGCGCGAUCCGGAGGGUCGAGCGCCUGCACAGCCAGAGCUACAUGUUUGCGCUCGCCAUCACCACGUGGAACGGCAUUCCAGACUCGAAGACCAAGACACCCGCCGGCCAGAAGCUCACCAUUCAGCUGGCCGGGUCGCGGCAGGCCUGCGAGCGCUUUUGCGAUGGUCUGAAGAAGGGGCUGAGGGAAGGCGUCAAAAGCGUGGACACGCUGCGCAAGGUGGCCAUGACCAGCUACACAGAAUACCUGCUCAGCACAGACGAGGAGGGCAAGGCAGCUGCUGGCGAUCGCGAGCACCCAGACACGGGUCUUGGGCUGACCUUCAAAUACCCCGGCAACGCGCGAAAGCUGAGAGACGCAACCAAGAUCCGGCUCUGGCGCGAGUAUCUGAGAGAGAACGGCCGAGGCGCCACACUCGUCCGUCAGCCCACCUUCCACAAGCUCAUUCGCGUCGGCCUACCUAAUCGAUUACGAGGCGAGACUUGGGAGCUUACCUCCGGCUCAUUCUUUCUGCGCCUGCAAAACCCGAAUCUAUACACCGAGACACUAGCAAAGUUUUCGGGGAGAGAGUCCCUGGCGAUAGACGAGAUCGAGAAGGACUUAAACCGAAGUCUGCCAGAAUACCCGGGCUUUCAAGAUGAAGCCGGCAUUGGCCGGCUGCGAAGAGUCCUGACAGCAUACAGCUGGACCAACGAGGAGGUUGGAUACUGUCAGGCCAUGAACAUUGUUGUGGCAGCGCUUUUGAUUUACGUUUCUGAGUCCCAGGCCUUCUUCUUGCUAUCCAUACUAUGUGAUCGCUUACUGCCGGGAUACUAUUCGCAGACCAUGUACGGGACGCUUCUUGACCAGAAAGUCUUCGAGUCGCUCGUCGAAAAGACGAUGCCAAUUCUGUGGGAUCACUUGGUCAAAUCCGACGUACAGCUUUCCGUCGUCUCCCUACCUUGGUUCCUUUCGCUAUACAUCAACUCGAUGCCCUUGAUCUUCGCUUUCCGCGUCUUGGAUGUUUUCUUCCUAGAGGGACCGAAAGUGUUGUUUCAGAUCGGUCUUGCCAUUCUGCGCAUCAACGGAGAGCAGCUGCUUGACGCCGCAGACGACGGUUCAUUCAUCUCAGUGCUGAAGUCUUACUUCUCCAGACUUGACGAAUCUGCACAUCCCAAGUCAGAGAACCCUAAGUUACGAGCCGUCACGCGAUUCCAGGAGCUGAUGGUCGUGGCGUUCAAGGAAUUCGCUGGCAUCACCCAGAAUACCAUUUCAGAGCAACGAGCGAAGCACAAAGAUGCAGUUCUGGAAAACAUCGAGAACUUUGCUAAGCGCACAUCUAUUCGGAACCUUGGCCCCGAAAGCAAGAAGUUGAGCGUCAACGAUCUAGGCUUUCUGUACGACAGGUUCUAUGCAGUCUUGUACGAGCGACAACAACGAGCCGAGAUCAUGCAACAAGAAGCCGACCGAAAAGCGAAGGCCAGUCGAGCCAAGGCCACAGAAAUCGUCAGCGGGUUUGCGGGCAGCAACGCCGAAAAGGGACGUGUGGCUGUGGGAGUAAGCCCAACACACAUGGAUUAUGACGGAUUCAGGGAGUUCCUCGCUGGUGUGGCAAAAUGGGCCGUCACCGAUUCGCCAACAUCACCCAAAGAAGCGAAUUCUGGGGCGAGUCACUCAUAUUUCGGCGGCAGCAUGAGGAGUCGACCACCCAUGUCACCUUGGGGCUCAGGACCAGAACCCGCAGACCACGAAUUCCUGAAGAGGCUCUUCAGGCGCUGGGACACGGACAUGUCAGAUUCACUCUCCUUGCAGAAUGUGGUAGCCGGAUUCGCUGCGGUCAAGGGGACCAAGGACAUCAUGUCUAACAUCAGCUAUUUCUUCGAGCUGUAUGACGACGAUGGCGAUGGCAGAGUGGAUCGUGAGGGCAUUUUGAGGAUAUCAGAAGCUCUUCUCUUUCUGUCGCGGAGAGGACUUCACGAAUCUGUAAGUCCCUCAGCAUCAUCGCUUGAUAUAGGCUCUGAGCCGCCGAUGUCACGCGACGAGCAGUUCCUGAGCAGCGUCUCCGCUUUCAUCCGGAGGUGCUUCGAGUACGCUGAUCCGGAUCACGGUUCAAACCAGAACGGUGGAGUGGAGCAGGCAGAAGAAGGCCUGGACAACUUUGCGAUUGGAGACGAGGACGAGGACGACCUUAUCGACUUUGGUGACGAGCCGGCGACUCCAAAAGCAGAGAAGAGCCCGAUGUCGCCAACUCAGUCAACGCACACAGUGGAAGCCGAGACAGGUGAGCGACAAGAGAAGGCCAAGGCAGCGAAUCUUGCGUUGGAUCCAAACAAGCCUCUGCACAUCACAUUGCCCACGUUCCGCAUGGUCAUCCUUGCAGACGAAGUGCUCGAACAGUUCUUCGAAGUCGGCUUCUCAGCCUCUUUCCGUCUUGCCGAUGCGCCAUUGCCGUCAUCAGCAUCGAGCUCUUCUAACCUCACUACAUUUGCCAAUGCAGGCAGACAAAUGUCGCACCUAGCAGGCGGCAUGGGCGUGGUCGGUGGUGCAGGUGUCGGCGUCGUUCCACCCGGCAAGAGCAUCCGAGGCAUGCUUGACAACAUUGUCAAUGACGGCAUGCGCGUAGCAGCAGAAGUAAGGCGCAGAUACGACGAGGCUCAGAAGGAGCUCGACGCGCAAUCCCAGCACGCAAGGGACGAUGACGAGGACCAUGAGGAAGAAAAGGACGCAGAUCUCCUCGAGGGUGCAGAGGCAGCAGAUGUGAUCUCGACCAAGGAAGAGAACCUCAGCGAUCUGCUCUCGCCAGACAUAGAUAAGGAACUCAAGAGCACAAAGGAUCGAAGAGCAAGUGACGCCAGUAGACGUGUGGUCGAGACCGUGGUUGCUCGCUCUCCGAGGUUGUUCUCGUCACUGCGUAGCACACGUCGAGGCAUUCUCACGAAGGCGUUCCGCGCGGGACCAACCGAGCCUCCACUCCUUGAACAGACAGUGCCAGAACAUUUUGCUGGCAUUGUACGCCAGUUUGGGGACCGCAACGCUGUCAUCUCACAUCACCAGCGCACAAUCCUCACGUACGAGGCUCUCGACCGCGACUCCAAUGCGCUCGCCAGGGGCUUGCAGAAGAGAGGAGUGAAGAAGGGGGAUCGAGUGGCCGUGUCGCUGGGCAACAAUGUCGAAUUUGCUACAACAACCUAUGCGCUCUUCAAGCUGGGCGCGAUGCUGGUACCAUUGAACCCCGCCUUCAAUGCUCCUCAAGUACUCUCUGCGCUCAACCAUCUCGAAGCCGCCCAUCUCAUCAUUGGCGCCGAAACCAACCUCCCCCGUAAAGAACCACGAUCGAACAUCGCACUGCUUAGCCAUCUCAUACCAGAUCUGACUGGGUCGAGCCUUCAGUCUGAGCUCGUGCCGUCUCUUCGCAAUGUUAUCAUGGUCGACAACGCGCAGGGGAGGAUCGAUUGCGCAGUGUACAAGAGCACUACAAAAUACGAGCAUGUGUUGGAGGAUGGCGGUCAGGGCGUAGCUUUGGAAGAUCAGGGACUGGACCCGAACGACAUCGUCAACAUCCAGUUCACUUCUGGGACGACCAGUAUGCCCAAAGCUGCCUGUCUGAGCCAUCGCAGCAUCUUGAACAACGGCAACAGCAUCGGCGAUAGGAUGCUGUUGACAGAAAACGAUCGCGUGUGCAGUCCCCCUCCGCUGUUCCACUGCUUUGGCUGCAUCCUUGGCUACAUGGCGACGGCCACCCACGGUUCCUCCAUCAUCUGGCCUGCCGAGGCUUUCAAUCCCCUCGCAACCCUCGAGGCCGUCCGCGAGUACAAGGCUACAGCUUUAUACGGCGUACCCACAAUGUUCGUCGCAGAGCUCGAUCUGCUCGCCCACGGCGCCGUGCCUCGGGAUGGGUUCGAACAUCUGAGGACUGGCAUCGCUGCAGGAUCUUCGAUACCUGCCGAGUUGAUGCGCAAACUGCACAAGCAAUUGAACUUGACUGAGCUGACCAUCUGCUACGGUAUGACCGAGACAAGUCCGGUCAGUUGCAUGACCACAACAGACGACCCAAUUGAAAAGCGUAUCGACAGUGUUGGGCGCCUGCUGCCGCACGUCCAAGCAAAGGUUGUCGACCCGAGCGACUGGUCGCGCACAUUGGGUAUUGAUGAGCGCGGCGAGCUCGCGGUGAGCGGCUACCUACUUAUGAAAGGCUACUGGGGCGACGAGAAGAAGACGUCCGAGGUCAUGGUUGCCGACGACGACGGCGUCAUGUGGAUCCAUACUGGUGAUGAAGCAGCCAUGGACGCUGAUGGCUACGUUCGCAUCACAGGCCGUAUCAAGGAUCUCAUCAUCAAGGGCGGCGAGAACAUCCACCCCCUCGAGGUCGAGAACUGCCUCUUUGCGCAUCCGGCGAUUCGCGAGGUCAGCGUGGCAGGCCUGCCAGAUGAGCGGUACGGCGAGGUUGUGGCUGCGUUUGUGGUCAAGCAUGAUGGCGACGAGGGGAACAUCACAGCAGAGGAAGUCAGGGGCUGGGUCAGGGAGAAGUUGAGCCAUCAUCUUGUCCCUAAGUACGUUUUCUUCGUGCAAGACUACCCGAAAACGCCAAGUGGAAAGAUUCAAAAGUUCAAACUGAGGGAAUCGGCCAUCAAGUGGCUGCAGGAAGGGAGAGGGCAGUAGAUUCGUCAAUCAAAUCAAUUGGAAAGUAGUACCAAUGUCUGCUGUCACAGAUAUCCCAUAUAUACAUGCGAGCCAUGUACCGGAGGGCGUCCUCGUCUUGAGAUGCAUUGGAGCUUACUCCAGCCAACGUUAUGUAAGAAUAACUGACACACAAGAAACACGCUACAGGGGAUCCUCGAUGGUAUUCUGUAUCUGGAAGGAAGGACUGGGCUGUUCACAAUGACGAGAUUGCAGGUGCAUCAGAUCGGCCUGCUGCAACCCUCUCCCUCCUCCAGAACUCUAAUUCACCAUUUACCUUGCAAUAAACAGUGUUAGGAGAGCCGCCACAUGAGAUUCGAACGCGUGUCUUGCUCCAUGCACGAAAUGAGCAUACCCCCACGCGCAACAUUGCAGCUGCAGGUGG